AUGAAGUUCCUCACCGUUGCGUCUCUGGCCAUGGUCUCGCUGGCCGCUGGUCAGAGCCUCGCAGAUCUGCCCAGCUGCUCGCUUUCCUGUCUCAACGACGCCGUGAAACAGAGCACGAGCUGCUCAGAAACUGAUUUGGCUUGCGUUUGCGAGCAAUUCAAUGUCAUUCAGGGCGCUGCUGCGGGCUGUAUUCUCAGCGCUUGCGGCCAGGACGUCGCUCUAAACAAGGUCCUUCCUGCAACUCAAAAGCUUUGUGCCAACGCUGGCAGCGGCAGCAACACCGCCAAGUCUGCGCCAACGCCGACUCAAAGACCAGGUCAAACUGCUACUGUCGCUCCUGUGCCUGCUCCAGAGACCACGGUAAAUCCUGUUCCAGAGCCGACCUCUACCGGCGCGCCAACCUCGCCUCCUGUCGUCACCGCCGGAGCAACUGUCUUUGCGCCCAUGGGAGGAUUGGCCAUGUUGGCAGUCGCGGCGUUUGCUCUGUGA